ACGCGAGCACCCGUCGCCAGCGUUGGGAAAAGUAGAAACGGGCCCAGCCUCCCAGGGCCCAUGCUCGGAGCGGCCGGCGAAACGGCGCCGUGGCCAAACGGGUCAGGAGCGGGCAGGGAAACAGCGAGCAGGCGGCCCAUGCGAGAGGAAGGAUCGAAAAGACCCCGCCGGCGGUCGGCGCGGGCCGGCACGGAACAGGUAAGCGGGCGCGACGGGGCGAAAACAGCAGGCCAGCGGUCGCUGUCGGACCGGUGCGGGAGUGGCAAGCGGGCGCUAUGUUGGGGCGGGAGGCGGGGCGGUAGAAGGAGCGGGAGGGGAAACGGGAAGGGGGUUAACAAACGCGCGGAAGGCGGAGGAGUGGGAGGAGAUAUAGGUGGAGGAGGAGAAGCGGGACGAGCGCAAGGAGGAGCGGGAGGAGGAACGGGGGAAAGAGCAGGCGAAGCAGGUAGAGAAAGAGGAGCAGCAGGGGGGGGAUCGGGAGGAGGAGCGGGAGGGGGAGGAGGAGAAGGCGGAGUGAGGAGGGAGAAGGAGGGGGAGGAGCAACGGGGGGAAGAGCAGGAGAAGCAGCGAGAGGAGCAGCAGCAGGAGGAGCGGGAGGAGCAGCAAGAGGGGGAGCGGGAGAAGGAGAGGGAGGAGGAGAGGGAGGAGGAGAGGGAGGAGGUGUGGGAGAAGGAGCGAGAGCGGGGCUAUGGCGGGAUCUAUGUCACGUUCUUUGGCAGAGGAGGAGUGAGAGGAGGAGGAGGAGUGCGAGGACCCGGAGAAGGAGCGGGAGGAGGAGUGGGAGAAGGAGCGGGACAAGGAGUGGGAGGGGAAACGGGAAGGGGUGGACGAGACGCGGGAGGGGGGCAGUGGACAUUGAUUAAUUGAACGACGUCCUGGUCAGUCGGAAACAGUCUGCCACAGUCAUGUUUUUUUUUUGUGUAUAGCGAAUAUGACGACACAAA